AUGGCGUUUUUGUGUCCAGUUAGGAUUAGAAGGGGAAAGAAGAAGAAAUCUAGCAGUGGUGACUCAGACAAAGACCUCUCCCGUCCCGGCUCUGGACUAAGUCCUGGCAUGGGCCGAAUCACUGGCUCAGCCAGCAUAGAGACUCUAGUGAGGGUGGGAAUAGAGAAGGAGCAUGGACUGAGUCCAGAUUCCAAAAUGGUGGUGCUCCAUGACUUUGCACCGUGUGUGGAUGAUGAGCUUGAGGUAAAACGUGGACAAAUAGUCAAUGUGUUGUACAGAGAAAAUGACUGGGUAUAUGUGAUAGUGGCCGAGUCUCGACGCGAGGGCUUCAUACCGCACUCCUACUGCGCGCCCUGCGAACACGACCUAAAGAAAAAACUGCCUAGGAGUCGGUCUCCUACCGAUUUAGCACAUAGAGAUGUUUCACAGCGGCGGGCCGAGUCCACCCGCGACCACGGCCGGUGCAAUACGGUUGAAACUUCAGCAAAUCAAAGGCUAUCCGUAUCAGACGGCGUCACAAAUGAUGGUCAUUCAGAGUUGGGCAGCGAAGGCGAAGCUUGUCCAUUCAGCAAGGACCCUUCAGGCAGAUAUGUGGUGCUGUACACCUUCACUGCGAGAGACGAGAAUGAUGUGGAUGUUGAGCGCGGGGAAUUUGUUACGGUGCUAAAUAGAGAAGACCCAGACUGGUACUGGAUAGUCCGAAGCGAUGGACAAGAAGGCUUCAUACCGUCCGGUUUCGUUUAUCCCGCUGUCGUUCAAGCAACACAACAAGACAACACGCAACCGUCACUAUCGCCUCCGACACCCGCCAACAACAUGAUGAACAAUAAUAUAAACAACGCACAACAGCUCGACAGCGACGGGCGAUACCACGGCACCGAACUAGUCAUGCUUUACGAUUAUAAGGCGCAGGCGCCGGACGACCUGUCGGUGAAGCGCGGCGAGUGGGUGUACGCCGACCUCACGCAGCAGACCGUCGAGGGCUGGCUCUGGGCACACGCGCCCAAGUCGCGCCGCUCCGGCUUCAUCCCCACCGCCUACGCGCGCGCCCCGCACACCACCAGCCUCUAG